CCUGAGUCAAAACAAAUACUAAUUUUUUCACACCUUUCAAUGAAAAUGUUUUCACUUUAAUUGCUUUCUCAUAUAUAUCCAUAAGAUUUUUGUUUUUUCUUUCGUUAAAGUUAAAAAUUUCUCUCGAGCGGUGACGCCAGAUAACUCAAAGCCACGUAGUCAUCAUUAAAGGGCAAGCACAAUAUGAAUGGGAUGGAGAUGGAGAAAGGAAAUAAGGAGAAUGGAUCGAGAAAAGGAGUUGAGUUAACUAUGAGAGUAUUGGCUUUGGUCCUAACAAUGGUGUCUGCAACAGUACUCGGUGUCGCGAAACAGACAAAGGUUGUGUCGUUAAAGCUUAUUCCCACUUUACCUCCUGUUGAUAUCACUGCAACCGCCAAAGCCACUUACUUGUCUGCCUUUGUGUACCACAUUUCAGUAAACGCGAUAGCUUGCGGUUACACAGUGAUUUCGAUAGCGAUUUUGAUGAUCAGCAAAGGCAAAAGAAGCAAAGGUUUGUUAAUGGCGGUUUUGUUAGGAGAUCUAUUGAUGGUAGCUUUGCUUUUCUCCGGCACCGGAGCGGCCGGAGCAAUUGGGCUAAUGGGUUUACAAGGGAACAAACAUGUCAUGUGGAAAAAAGUUUGUGGAGUGUUUGGAAAAUUCUGUCACCGAGCUGCUCCUUCGCUUUUUAUCACUCUUCUUGCUGCAGCUAUCUAUAUGCUUCUUGUUGUUCUUGAUGCUAUCAAGCUUCCUUAGUUAGUUUUGUUGUUUCGGUUUAUGUUUUUUGUCGUCUUGUGUGAUGUAAAAUCAUUAUCAACAAUCAUGUAGUAAUUGUCUAUUACUUUUAAUGUUUAAUCAAAUCGUUUUCAAAUUUUAUUUU